AUGCGGGGCGGGCAGGAGGCGACACGAUCCCCAGUGCUGCAAUUCACCAACUGCCGCCUGUUGCGGGGCGGCUCGCUGCUCAGGGAGGACCUCUGGGUGCGCGAGGGCCGCAUUCUGGAUCCGGAGAAGCUGUUUUUUGAUGAGCGGCGCUUGGCUGACCAGCAGCUGGAUUGCGGGGGCUGCAUUUUGGCACCGGGCUUCAUCGAUGUGCAGAUCAACGGUGGAUUUGGCGUUGACUUCUCUCAGGCCACUGAGGACGUGGGGUCAGGGGUCGCCCUGGUGGCCCAGAAGAUCCUGUCUCACGGAGUCACGUCCUUCUGCCCCACACUGGUCACAUCCCCGCCCACAGUGUAUCACAAGGUCCUUCCUCAGAUCCCUGUGAAGAAAGGUGGCCCCCAUGGGGCGGGGGUCCUCGGGGUGCAUCUGGAGGGCCCUUUCAUCAGCCAGCAGAAGCGUGGUGCACAUCCUGAAGCCCACCUCCGCUCCUUUGAAGCCAAUGCCUUCCAGGAUGUGCUGACCACCUAUGGAUCCCUGGACAAUGUCUGUAUCUUGACGCUUGCCCCCGAGCUAGGCCGCAGCCACGAGGUGAUCCGGGAGCUGACAGCCCGAGAUAUCCGCGUGUCCCUUGGGCACUCGGUGGCUGACCUGCGGACAGCUGAAGGUGCUGUGCAGAGUGGGGCUACCUUUAUCACUCACCUCUUCAAUGCCAUGUUGCCUUUCCACCACCGGGAUCCAGGCAUUGUGGGGCUUCUGACCAGUGACCAGGUGCCCCCAGACCGCUGUGUCUUCUAUGGGAUGAUUGCUGACGGCAUCCACACAAACCCUGCUGCCCUGCGCAUCGCCCAUCGGGCCCACCCCCAGGGACUGGUGCUGGUCACCGAUGCUAUCCCUGCCCUAGGCCUGGGUGAUGGCCGUCACACCUUGGGCCAGCAGGUUGUGGAGGUGGAUUCGCUUUCAGCCUAUGUGGCAGGUACCAAGACACUGUGCGGCAGCAUUGCCCCCAUGGAUGUCUGCGUACGGAACUUUCUGCAGGCCACAGGCUGCAGCUUGGAGACUGCUCUGGAGGCCGCGUCACUCCACCCAGCCCAGCUGCUGGGGCUGGAGAAGCACAAGGGGACCCUGGACUUCGGUGCUGAUGCAGAUUUCGUGGUACUUGAUGAUGCCCUGCAUGUCCAGGCUACCUACAUCUCGGGUGAGCUGGUGUGGCAAGCAGAGAAGGCCGGACAGUGA